AUGGGCAGUACCGCCCCUGGGUCGAUGGUUCUGGGUUGUAUAAAUAAGCAAGCUGAGCAAGCCAUAGAGAACAAGACACUGUCCUCAGCUGAUCGAAUUUUAAUUGUUCUUGCCUUCUCUAGAAUUUGUCUGCUCUGGACCAUAUUAAUGAAAUGGCAUGUAAAGGUGUUUGAUACACAUCAAGUAAGAUUCAUUGGUCUUGUUGCUUGGGGUGUAAUCAAUCAUUUUAGCAUCUGGCUUGCAACCAUACUUAAUGUAUUUUAUUUGCUUAAUAUAGUCAACUUUCUAUUUCUUUACUUCAAGAGGAAAGUUGAGAAUGAUUUUCUUAUGAUACUUUUGUGCUUGUGCAAAUUGCUAUUUUUAAAUACUGGAAUGGUCUACCCUUCAAGCCAUUCAUGCCUUUUGAUCUGGGGAAACAAUAAGAUAAAGCAGGCUUUUCUGUUUUUUCUAUGGCAGGUAGAACAAAGGCUGAAAGAGAAUAAAAGAAGUCUUCAAGUUUUUAGAGCAACAACAAGAACACAAUAUGCCUUCUAA